AUGGCUCCUCCAUCAUCGUCUUCAACUUCCUCUUCGCUCGCGAGACUCAACAACAUUGCAAACCACAUCUCGCCCGCCAUGGCUUUCACUACCAGCUUCCCUGUUGAUACCGUGCCCCAGGCCCCCGAGGAUCCUCUCUUUGGCCUCGCACGAGCUUAUAAGGCUGACCAGAGUGAGCUCAAGGUCGACUUGGGCAUUGGUGCGUAUCGUGAUGAUACUGCUAAGCCCUGGGUUCUUCCUGUCGUCAAAAAGGCUGAUGAAAUUCUCCGAAACAACCCCGAAUUGAACCACGAAUAUGCUCCGAUUGCCGGUGUUGCCGACUUCACCUCCAAGGCCGCUGAGUUGAUUCUCGGUGCCGACUCCCCGGCCCUCAAGGAGAAGCGGGCCACUUCGAUGCAGACCAUCUCCGGCACCGGAGCCGUCCAUCUCGGCGCCCUCUUCCUCGCCAAGUUCUACAAGGGCAACAGGACCGUCUACAUGUCCAACCCGACCUGGGCAAACCACAAGCAAAUCUUUGGAAAUGUCGGUCUCCAGGUUGCCGACUACCCGUACUUCUCCAAGAAGACCAAUGGCCUAGACUUUGAGGGCAUGAAGGCCGCCAUCCAGGCUGCUCCCGAUCGCUCUAUUAUCCUGCUGCACCCUUGCGCCCAUAACCCGACCGGCGUCGACCCUACACUUGAUCAGUGGAAGGAGCUCGCCGUGGUUAUUGCUCAGAAGAAGCACUUUCCCUUCUUCGACUGCGCCUACCAGGGCUUUGCUUCCGGCAACCUCGCCCAGGAUGCCGCUGCUAUCCGCUACUUCAUCGAGCAAGGGUUUGAGACUGUUGUCUGCCAGAGUUUCGCCAAGAACUUUGGUCUCUAUGGUGAGAGAGCUGGCUGCUUCCAUGUCGUGACCAGCCCCGGGGCCGAUGCCAGUACUACCAUUUCCCGAAUCGCCUCCCAGCUGGCCAUUCUCCAGCGAUCCGAAAUCUCCAACCCUCCCCUGUACGGUGCUCGCAUCGCCGCCACGGUCCUGAAUGACCCCAAGCUCUUUGCUGAGUGGGAGGAAAACUUGAAGACCAUGUCGGGCCGCAUUAUCAACAUGCGCAACGAGUUGCGCUCAAGACUCGAGAAGCUUGGUACCCCCGGAACAUGGAACCACAUUACCGAUCAGAUUGGCAUGUUCAGCUUCACCGGUCUGUCAGAACCCCAGGUUCAGAAGCUCCGGGAGGACUACCACAUUUACAUGACCAAGAAUGGCCGUAUUUCUAUGGCCGGCUUGAAUACGAAAAACAUUGACCACGUAGCUAAUGCCAUUGACAAAGUUGUGAGGGAGAUUCAGUAA